AUGGCUACGACAUUAGAUGUUCAGCAUGAGAGAGCCUACCAAAAACAGGAAGGAGCAAGUUUUUUUAAUUCAAAAAAAAUAAAGAAAGGCUCAAAAAGUUUUACAAGGUAUUGGAAGAAGGUAGGUUUAGGUUUUGCUACCCCGAAGGAAGCAAAGGAAGGAGUCUACGUUGACAAGAAAUGCCCAUUUACGGGAAACGUAUCAAUUAGAGGAAGAAUUUUAAAAGGUAUGGUAAUAUCAAAUAAAAUGAAGAGAACCAUAAUUAUUAGAAGAAAUUAUUUGCAUUAUGUAAAGAAAUACAAUAGAUUUGAGAAAAGACACAAGAAUAUUCCUUGUCACUGUUCUCCAUGUUUUGAAGUGAAGGAAGGAGAUAUAGUUACUGUUGGACAGUGCAGGCCAUUAUCAAAAACGGUUAGAUUCAAUGUGUUGCACGUAGAGAAACAUCAAAUAUUUGGAAGCGCAAGAAAACAGUUUGUUUUGUUUUAA